UACAAACGCUCCUCUUAACUCACUGACAGCCUCUGGCACUACUCCGAGUGAGAGAGGGCGAGCGAGAGAGAGACAUUUCUGAGCAUAGAGGGGGAACUUGUUCAGUGGUGGACUUCUAUCAUGCUGAACUGACCAGCCAGCGUCUUCCCUCUGGAAUACUUUACCAAACAGCUGCUAGGACGAGACUCGCAACACAGGGAUCAUUUCACUGCAAGACGCCAAAAUGCUCAGCUUUGAGCGGCCCCCUCCAUUAGCAGUGAUGCAUCCUGGGAGAGAACCUCCCUCUGUGGCCAUCCUGCCUCUGAGAAACUCCCACCAACAGCAGCUGCAUCACAGGAGGAGAACCAAGAGGAUGGAGAGGGGCAAAGCGGGACUGCGCUCCAAGAAACUAGCCAUCCUGUCACGGUCGCUCAUCAUCUGCAGCUCCAGCACCAAUGAGGACGCGUCCAGUCCAGAAGAGAGGUACCGUGAGCCCUGGGAUGGCGGGCUGGAGGAGACACACCGCAGGGACCCGCUGGAAGGGUCCAUGGGAAAUUCAGAAAAAUACAUGACGAGGAGCGUCAGCAUCCAGGCGCCUCAGAGGGGCCAGGAGGACCCCAAAAGAACUAUGAGGAGGUCCUUCUCCAUCAAGGAAAGCAGUUUCUGGAGAAUGUGUGUCGCCUCGCGGGAGGAGGGUCUGCAAGCGGGUGAUAACAAACUUCAGUCCAGCAACAAUGGUGCGUCUGUUGGACAAGACUUACACAGGGACACUUACAUCUACUUUGGAGACAGACUUGCCCCAUUUAACGGACAGAUUAUAAACGAUCAAACAAAACCGGAGGCUGAUCCAGAGAAAAGGCCUGUGCUGAAGACUGAAGGUUUCUCUCCAUGUGAAAGCAGAGCUCUGUUCGCUAAUAUCAAUGAAUCAGACCAGCUUGGCUACACUUAUGGAGAAAAGGAGGCAAUGGGAAACAACAAUAACUUGAAGAUGCCAGUUAUUAAGGUGUCAGACGAUGACAGCAAGAACUGCGACAACGAGGAUCAGAGCUGCCAAGAGACGUCCUGCAAGAGAUCUCGCUUCAACUCCACCAGCGUUCACCCAUACUGGAUCGGAGACUUGGAUACCAUCAUUAUGAAGACGCCAGAGCUGUUCCUGUGUCCCGCCCACGCCACCGCAGGCUUUUACGGCAACAGGAAGUCUCUCUCUCAGCAGCUGGAAUUCCCUCACAGCAUUCCACAGGCUGUGGUUAGACCGUCUCGCUCUCUAAGUUCAGCACACUUGGUCCCGUCCUGCAGCACUGUGCAGGCCUUCAUCAUCUCCAACAUUGUCCUCAUGAAGGGCCAUGGAAAGGGCCUGGGAUUCAGUAUAGUAGGAGGAAGAGACAGCAUGUACGGCCCAAUGGGGAUUUACGUGAAGACCAUUUUUCCUGGAGGCGCAGCGGCCGCUGAUGGAAGACUACAGGAAGGAGACGAGAUACUGGAAUUGAAUGGUGAAUCUCUGCACGGCCUGACCCAUGAAGAUGCCUUACACAAGUUUAAACAAGUGAAGAAGGGUUUGUUAACGCUGGUGGUGAGGACCAGUCUGCGGAUGGGCGCUGUGCCAGGCAGCCAUGGCCAGGUGUCUCAGUUAUGCCGAUCCAGAUCUCUGAGCUCCAGCACCAGUAUCAGUCGAGUCAGUGCUGAUCUGGGAGAUUAUAACUGCCUCAAUAACCCUGCAAAAGCUCAGGACAGAGUCAUGAUGGAGAUCACGCUGCAGAAGGAGUUUGGUGUAGGUUUAGGUAUUGGCCUGUGCUGUGUACCUUCUGCUGGCGGCUGUCCAGGAAUCUACAUUCACACGCUGUCACCAGGAUCAGUGGCCCACAUGGAUGGACGAUUAAGAUGUGGCGAUGAGAUCAUGGAGAUCAAUGACACGGUGGUUUGCAACAUGACGCUGAACGAUGUGUACACGGUUCUGAGUCAGUGCAGCCCGGGACCGGUUCAGAUCAUCAUCAGUCGACACCCCGACCCAAAAGUUUCUGAGCAGCAGCUGAACGAGGCCAUCGCUCAGGCAGUGGAGCACAGCAGACUGAGGAGAGACAGGAGACAGUGGAGUAUGGACGGAUGUAACAGCAAGCAAGCGGUGGAGCACAGCAGACUGAGGAGAGACAGGAGUCAGUGGAGUAUGGACGGAUGUAACAGCAGUCUGAGGAGAUCCGAUGCCUGUUCUCACAGCAGACAGAAGUGUAUCCGCUGUCUGGACCGGAGCACGAGUCAGCUGACCUGUAGACGAGCACAGAAACCCAUGAUGCGAUCGUGCAGUGAGGGAGCCUACAGCCAGCGCUGUAUACCGGCCAGCACCACCACUCAAUCCUUCCUCGAACCCCAGCACGUCACCAGAGUACAGAGCAUGGACGUCUCUUUAACAACCAACAGUGAAACUUCACUUAAUAACACACUGUCUCCAGCCUCGUUCGCAGACGACGACUAUAAGAUUCCCUAUACAUGUCCAAUGAAUUUCACUGGACAACAAACAUUAGAUGUGCAUGCAGGUGUGGUGAGGAGCUCAAUGCAAGGAGCAACAAACCAGGCACGGAGGUACUGCAGACGACAGGAUGUCAGCAGUCAGGAAGCGCUCACUGAUUCGGGCGGCUCUAGUCGAGGUUCACCAGUGAAAGAGGAAGAUCUGCUGCCUUCUCAAAGCAACUGCCAGUUUUUCUGCAGUCUAUACAGGGCUUUGAGAAAGAUCUCAAGGCUUCUGUUUAAGAAUGAAGUGGUUGAAGGCGCAGAAGUCGGAACUAAAGCAUUUGCCUGUAUCUCUGAGCCUAAAAGUGACUCAACACACAGAGGGGACAGACAGCACAGAGGUCCAGAGUCCCCAUCUAAAGUGUGUAGUCCAAGUAAGCGGGUCGGUCUGAGACGUCAGGCUCAUUUGGAGGUCAGUACAGAUCAACCACUUGACCCCUGGGUAAAGCUGACCGAAAGCCCAGAGAACCAGUCCUACUGCUACAAAACCAUGAGUGACCAAAAUGGAGAUAGUGAGGUUAAUGGCACGGCCUCUGAAACCACAAACACCACCUCAGACUCCAAAUCUGAGCAAUCUCCCAAUGGCAAAAAAGCCCCCCCGGUGGCUCCAAAGCCUGCAUGGGCACGUCAGAGCAUUAAGAGCAUUAAGUCUGGGAAACCGAUAACAGAAGCUUUGAAGCAUCCAGAUAACAGGAGUCAAGAUACUGGCAGGACCUUUGGGAUUAGUCUGAGGGCCGCUACAUCGGGAGCCAAUUUGUCAAUCAGGCAGAAGAUCAGCUCGUUUGAGACUUUCUCUAGUGCCGAUGGAUCCGAAAGGCCAAGCAGGCGACUGGCCCCAACUGCAUCUCUUCCUCCAGUGGAGAAGAUGGCUAAAACCUCAUCUGCAGACUACAGCAGUGCAGGGAGAACUAAAGUUACCACAAGCAACUUGCACAAUAAUGAUGACUGCCAGUCUACACCAACAAUUUCAGCCACCACCCAGCCUCCAGAAGAAGAAAAGCAAGAACCAGCUUCCCUCGGUUCAGAUAUCAUUUCAGAGCCCCAUCCUGCAGAGGAAGAAAAACAAUCAACUUCUCAUGAUUCAGAGCCCUGUAAGCCGAUCCCUGCUGAGGAACCUGCUCUUGACUCCACAAAAGAGCUUCCACCUGCUACUGAGACUGAGCAAGAACCCUCACCUUCUGAAGAGGAUUUGCCCCCUUCAAGCCACGUCCCGAGGAGAUCGAGCAGCUCAAAGGAGGGUCCUAUAGAAAAAACUGAAGGUGCAGGAACUCAUGCGGUGAGCUUGAGGACCCGGAGUCUACCCCUCAGUCUGAGGAGAUCCGAUGCCUGUUCUCACAGCAGACAGAAGUGUAUCCGCUGUCUGGACCGGAGCACGAGUCAGCUGACCUGUAGACGAGCACAGAAACCCAUGAUGCGAUCGUGCAGUGAGGGAGCCUACAGCCAGCGCUGUAUACCGGCCAGCACCACCACUCAAUCCUUCCUCGAACCCCAGCACGUCACCAGAGUACAGAGCAUGGACGUCUCUUUAACAACCAACAGUGAAACUUCACUUAAUAACACACUGUCUCCAGCCUCGUUCGCAGACGACGACUAUAAGAUUCCCUAUACAUGUCCAAUGAAUUUCACUGGACAACAAACAUUAGAUGUGCAUGCAGGUGUGGUGAGGAGCUCAAUGCAAGGAGCAACAAACCAGGCACGGAGGUACUGCAGACGACAGGAUGUCAGCAGUCAGGAAGCGCUCACUGAUUCGGGCGGCUCUAGUCGAGGUUCACCAGUGAAAGAGGAAGAUCUGCUGCCUUCUCAAAGCAACUGCCAGUUUUUCUGCAGUCUAUACAGGGCUUUGAGAAAGAUCUCAAGGCUUCUGUUUAAGAAUGAAGUGGUUGAAGGCGCAGAAGUCGGAACUAAAGCAUUUGCCUGUAUCUCUGAGCCUAAAAGUGACUCAACACACAGAGGGGACAGACAGCACAGAGGUCCAGACUCCCCAUCUAACGUGUGUAGUCCGAGUAAGCGGGUCGGUCUGAGACGUCAGGCUCGUUUGGAGGUCAGUACAGAUCAACCACUUGACCCCUGGGUAAAGCUGACUGAAAGCCCAGAGAACCAGUCCUACUGCUACAAAACCAUGAGUGACCAAAAUGGAGAUAGUGAGGUUAAUGGCACGGCCUCUGAAACCACAAACACCACCUCAGACUCCAAAUCUGAGCAAUCUCCCAAUGGCAAAAAAGCCCCCCCGGUGGCUCCAAAGCCUGCAUGGGCACGUCAGAGCAUUAAGAGCAUUAAGUCUGGGAAAUCGAUAACAGAAGCUUUGAAGCAUCCGGAACCGAAGCAUAACAGGAGCCACGAUACUGGCAGGACCUUUGGGAUUAGUCUGAGGGCCGCUUCAACGGGAGCCAAUUUGUCAAUCAGACAGAAGAUCAACUCGUUUGAGACUUUCUCAAGUCCUGAUGGAGCCGAAAGGCCAAGCAGGCGACUGGCCCCAGCUGCGUCUCUUCCUCCAGUGGAGAAGACGACUGAAACCUCAUCUGCAGACUACAGCAAUGCAGGGAGAACUAAAGUUACCACAAGCAACUUGCACAAUAAUGAUGGCUGCCAGUCUACACCAACAAUUUCAGCCACCACCCAGCCUCCAGAAGAAGAAAAGCAAGAACCAGCUUCCCUCGGUUCAGAUAUCAUUUCAGAGACCCAUCAUUCCCCGGCAGAGGAAGAAAAUCAAUCAACUUCUCAUGAUUCAGAGCCCUGUAAGUCGAUCCCUGUUGAGGAACCUGCUCUUGACUCCACAAAAGAGCUUCCACCUGCUACUGAGACUGAGCAAGAACCCUCACCUUCUGAAGAGGAUUUGCCCCCUUCAAGCCACGUCCCGAGGAGAUCGAGCAGCUCAAAGGAGGGUCCUAUAGAAAAAACUGAAGGUGCAGGAACUCAUGCGGUGAGCUUGAGGACCCGGAGUCUACCCCUCAGUCCCUCUUCAGAUGCCCCCAACUCAAGCGGCUUGGAUGGGGAGAGCCUUGGGAUCAUCUUGUCCUUCAGCAACCAAGUGUCCAAUGCUUUGAUGCGAUCAAUGCAAUCCCUGCCGCAGUCCCCUUGCAUUCGGUUUGGGAACCCCUGGAGCGCCCCACCAGGAUCCCCUCUUCAUAACCCAAUAGAGGAAGACUCUCCUGGUGAAAAGCUCCCACCUUCAACAGCACUAGAAAACAACGAAAAGGGUUUCUCUGUAAGCUUGGCUAAACUGAGGGAGCGUACCAUCGAGAGAGGGGAGGAGUGCGAGAAGGAAGAAUGGAAACCUGAACGACCGCUCACUUCAGCCACAGAUGUCUGUGCCCAAUCCAUGCUCUCAGCCCUUCCGCCACAGGAGAUUCAGCAGAUGAUCCAGGAAGUCAAGGAUCUGGAUGAAGACACGCUAAGGCAACUGGAAGACAUCCAUGUUGUGAUUCUACAUAAAGAAGAAGGAGCUGGCUUGGGUUUCAGCAUCGCUGGCGGUAUUGAUCUGGAGAACAAAGCAACUACAGUUCACAGGGUGUUUCCCAGUGGUCUGGCUGCUCAGGAGGGCACCAUAGAAAGAGGAGAUGAGGUGCUGUCCAUUAACGGUCAAACACUAAAAAACGUCACACACAGCGACGCCACAGCGAUUCUCAGGCAGGCCCGCACCAUGAAGCAGGCGGUGAUAGUGGUGUCCAAAAACAAAGACCCAGAAGGGAAGGGAGGCGCUAACGCUAACGAGUCCAGCUGCAGCAGUGGGGCAGAGAGCAGCAUCACAGGGGACGAUGGAGGUGAAGCUGUAACAAUCGAGUUGGAGAAGAAUGCAGGUGGAGUUGGAUUUAGUCUUGAGGGAGGAAAAGGCUCCAUUAACGGUGACAGACCACUAACCGUCAACAGAAUAUUUACAGGGAGUGACGCUGAGCAGAAGGGGCUGAAGUCUGGUGAUGAGGUACUGCAGAUACAGGACUCGUCUCUGCAGGGUCUCACACGUUUUGAGGCCUGGACACUCAUUAAAGGCCUUAAUGAUGGGCCGUUUACACUCGUCAUUAAGAGAAAAAAAUGCGAUUAGAGCUAAACUCCACUCAGAAGCACCCAGAAGAAAAUACUGUACUUAUCUCAAACUUCAUUUCAAGCGUUGGGGAAAUGCCUCCACUUGCUAAAAAAUGUACAUUACAAAUCAGUGUUUCUUAAAAGCAGGGUUCCCAUAUGAUUUGACCAAUGAAUUUAUUUCAUUUAAAUUUUUCUUACUGCAAUCAAGACUGCAGUCAAAAAGAACAAUUUCUAUCCAAUUAAGUGUUUUAGAGUUGAGCAAGAAAAACCUAUACACACUGUAAACCUUUACAUGACUUUUAGGUUCCCCCUUCCCCACUUUCAUGAGUUUUGCAGGCCUGGAAAUCCCAUUUCCCUGAUAUUUCCAGGUUUUCCAUGACUGGGGAACCCCGUUGGGAUCAUUCAGUUGCCUUGAUUGCUCCAUUUUGCCAUUAAUGCAUAUUGACAGUAUGACUUUCAUAUCCUAUAUGAUGUGCAUGAUGUGCAUCACUGCAUGAUGUGGUACUACAUGAUCAGGAAAGCUUGUUUUUCUGAGAAGAGUUUUAUAGCGCUUCACUGUGCUGGUAUAGUACUGUUUUACUGUCACAAUCAGGGAUUCAUUAAAAAAAAAGAUACUUUUCAAGUCUGCCUGUUUUGAUGCAAUGAUUUGCACAAGCCUGUAAAUAGUUUCGGAUAUAUUUCUACACCAUUUCACCAAAGCAGAAACAUGUCAACAUGUCAACAUGUAAAGAACAUGUCAUGAAGCAUUUGUGGCACACAGUUUUCAAGAGAUCAGAAAUAGAAUAUUUCAAAAAUCUUUUGUCAAAUGCUCCCCCUGACAGUACAUUGCUCUAGUUUUUCAAAGCCAGAAAUAAUAAAUAUAUUCCUCUGAUGUUUUCAAAAAUAUAUAUUAUCUAACAGAAUACACCUUUGACAGUUUAAAAAAAAAAAAAACUACUGUGCCUCUAGUAUUCUGGUCUUGUUAGUUUUUUUCCCCCUUAAAAAGAAAGGCCUUAAUAUAUUGAAACUGUGUCAGAAGAAAGAUGUUUUACAUGUAAUUACUUGUUAAGGUUUGUAAUGUUGAAAUAAAGUGUGAUACAA